AUGUGUUCUAAUUUACUAAUAAACUUUCUCUUAACACUGUUACAAAUACAAUUUGCUAUCACUUUUCAAGAAUAUGAUCCGCAAUUUGCUCGUUUUGUAUUUGAGCAUGCAGCUGCAGCGUACUCGAGAAAUCCAUUGAAUUGUCUGGCAAAAUAUUACGGUACUUAUAUUCUACAACAAGGCAAUGUAUCGUGUGACCACUUACAUGAUGAGUGCCUAUAUUACAUAUCACAGUCCCCCACUCACGUCAUUGUCGGAUUUGGCGGUACACACUCCAAACUUCAACUCGCUGCUGAAGUUCUGGCAGCUAUGGCAGAACCAAAAGCAAAGUUCAUUGCAGGCGGAUCGGUGCAACGUUAUUUCAAUGCGGCGUUCAGAUCUGUCUGGAAAGAUAUAUGGCACAUGCUGAGAAGAACAGUGAAGGCAGAUUUGUUGACAAAUAGCACUCGGCCGAUAAUAUUUACCGGACAUUCACUUGGAGGUUCGCUUGCAUCCUUAGCCAGUGCUCAUCUUGCAUAUUUUUAUGCUAACAGGAAGCUUAACAUAGAUAUUCGACUUAUAACAUUUGGUGAACCUAGGACAGGUAAUCGAGACUAUGCAUUCGUUCAUGAUACAUUGGUACCUGCCAGUUUCCGCAUUGUACAUCGAGGAGAUCUGGUACCUCAUCUUCCAAAUUGUUUAAUCAACCUACGAACGUUUGAAUGUAGUUCACGAUUUGGCUUUGGACCAUAUCAUCACGGACUUGAAGUCUGGUAUCCUGAAAAUAUGACCGGAACCCCUCCACAUAGGGUUUGUUUGGGUCAACCGCUGAAUGAGGAUAAAACUUGCAGCGAUGGUUAUUAUCGGCACUACACUAUCAAUGAUCACUUAUUCUAUUUUGGUGAACAUGUCAGUAAUUAUGGUAUAUCAGGAUGCAAGACAAGCGGAACUAUUGCCAAAACAAAUUUAUAG